GCUCGUCACGCGUGUUACGUCAGAGAAGGCCAGAUCUCGUACCGCCUCUCUUUCAUUCGUUGCCGGGCGCCGCUGGUGCUCGCGUUUAACGUGUCAGUGCAGUUUAUAGCUUGCAUAGUGGUUGCGCAAAACAGCGAGACCUUUCCUCGGUUUCCGCGCCCCUGUCAAGGUUUGCGGCUCAAGGAGCGGGCCGCGUUUUCGGUUACGUCGGCUCUGUGAAAUCUCUAGGACUCUGCCGCAGCUCCGGAUAUGCGGCAGGUAUGGCAUUUGUACGCACGUUUGGUGCGGGAUCACCCGAUGAAGACUCAGCUGGUCACCACAGCGACUGUGAUGUUAUCGGGAGACCUGAUCGCACAGAAGGUGAUCGAACGACGGCCCGACAUCGAUGUGCCGCGAGCGGCGAGGUUCUUCGUCAUGGGAGUCGGCUUUGUCGGGCCCGUCGUCCGUGGCUGGUACCUCAUCCUCGAGCGGGUCGUCGGCAGCGGCUCCGGUGGCGCUGUGGUCUUCAAGAAAGUGCUUCUAGACCAAACUCUCUUCGGCCCACUCUUUGUGCCCAGCUUCAUGGUGGUUCUGGGCACGCUUCAGAGGCGAUCCUGGGACGAGAUCGACCAGUCUCUGCGCGCCAACUAUCUCCAGAUCCUGCGGACCAUGUACAUGAUCUGGCCCGUGGCGCAGUUCGUCAACUUUAGAUUCGUGCCCUUCAACUAUCGGCAGGUGUUCGGCAGUUGCGUGGCUAUCGUGUGGAACACGUAUCUGGCGAGCAAAGCCAACAGGACGCAGAGGGCGCGCCACAGCGAAGUAGUACCUUCGAAGUUGACGGACUUCAAAGCGCUUGUGCCAAGCAGGGACGGCUAAGGAACUAAAUAGGUGUGCAGUAUCUGCUACCUUGGAGUCAAAAGGAACAACUUGGGUGAAAGUCAGUUGUGGACAAACUGCAAUACAGUGCGAGAUCGUGGUGUACGAAGGCUACUGAGAAGUAGCUUGGAAGUUCGAAAAGUUAAGAGCCCAUGCUUCAAACACGACCGAUGACGAAGCAAGUGAGAAAGAAGUAUUCGUAGGUGAAGCGCCUCAUGGUUUAUGAGGUUAAGUUGUAGAAAAAAGUAUGUAGGCAAUAUAAUCACAUUUUAUUUAUUUAUACCCACUUAGUCAACCACAGGUUAUUAGUACAAAGAAAUACACAUGAACUACAUUGGUAAUCUCAUUAGACACUCAAGACGUCAAGAAGUACACCAAUGAGUUUGAAGAGUCGUCGGAGUGAAGUUUGAGCUAUGCAAAUUAUUCAUUUGCGUUCGCACUACUUUCAUAUGGUAUUGUAAGUACUUGGAGGGACUUUAAACAUGUGUACCGUCGAUGACACCAAAAACCAUUCUCUUAUUAAUCUCUAAAUAUGCUGUUACAUUCUACCACGCUUCUUAUAUACAAUUGGCUCUGGCGGAGACACAGCUCUUCUACCAAAAACACAAUUCUGCUGGCGUAUGUGAAGGCGCCUGGUUGAGAAAAGAAUGGUCUUAACAGGAGCAAGGCAAGAAAAGAGAACACAAACAAAAAAAAAACACAUUUUUACGUGCCUAAUCCACAAAUACUUUUCACGGCGUUCUUGUGUAGGCAAACAUUAUUGGCCAAAGAGUUCGUUUGUAAAGAGCUUUGGAAAGAGUUACAGUGCUUUGGAACAUUUCUGCUCUGUUUGUGGUAAAUAGAAACUCGGAGGCGCACUAAAGCCUCAUUCACACCGAAGGUGGUGCGGCAAAGCGGCGAAGCGGGAUUUCCGAAGCGGCGAGGCGGCAAGUGUGUGAACCUGUUCAGACUGCAUGCAUCCUUCGUCUGGCCGCGCGGCAGACGACGCGGGUAUCGUGUGAUUUUGUGCACGUGCUAUGACGUGUCAGUGCUUCCACCAAACGUACACCCGCGCCACCACCGCGCCUCCGCUGCGUGGCGUUCUGAUUGGAUGCGGCAAAGCGGCGAGCCUCGGCCGGCGGCAAAACAAUGCUCCGAGAGCGAUCAGCCUUGCCGCCGCGUUUUUCUUCCGCUUUCGCUGCCUGGAGAGGAGGUUUUUUCCGCUUCCCGCGUUGCCGCCUCGCCGCUUUGGCCGCUCCGCCUUCGGUGUGAACGAGCCUUUAGAGGGUGCGCCUCGAUCGGUUGGCGAGUUAUCACGUAUCCCGGCAGGCUCGUCUCAGUCUGUGAUGUAGUGCCACUGCCAUCUGUGCAGUUGUCAUUCUGUGAUGGUGAGUAAAUAAACACGCAUUUAUUGUUA